CUUGGCACAGAAAGAUGGAGUUAGUGCAAGGGCUCUGCAUCUAGUCCGGCCACAUGUGAAGCCAAAACAUUCAGCUCUACACCAGGAUUUACACAAACGGACAUGUAUAAUAAGUUUAUCUACUGUAUAUUUAAUAUGAGAAGCUUCAAACAAUCCCUAGAGUUGAACAGGAAGAAAUGAAGACAACACACUUGGACAAAGCUGCUCCAGCAAUCUUUGAGAAGGCGACACUUUCCCUUUUUCAUUUGGACUUUGUUUCACCGACAACAUGCCGGAGGAGCGCAUAUCCCGCUGGUAUUUUGGAGGGAUCUCCUCGAGUGCAGCGGCCUGUUUAACACACCCUUUGGAUUUAAUUAAGGUAAAUAAUGAAGUCGAUUGUUUUUUCAUUUAAAGACCACUGAAGCAUAUUUCCCUUUUAAGAAUAUAGAGAAAUCCACAGUUGUAGACCUCAUUAAUCUGUCUCACAGUGGAAAAUGUUAAUGGAAUUUUAUUCUAUAAAGGUUCAUUGAGCUCUCUUUUCCUGUUGACACAGACUUUUGAAUAUCUCGCUCUUUUAUAGCCUUGAUUAGGGCUUUCAAUGGGCUUGCCUUGAUGCUUUAAGUGCGUGUAAUGAUGACAGAAACAUCCUUAGCAGAGCUCCACUUUUGUAUUUUCAAUACCUGUUUACCAGCUUUUCAUUUCCCGCCAUCUAUUAGCACUUUAAUUGAAUGUUUGGGGUGAUUUCUAUAAAGGCAGCUAACAUUACCGCCCAAGUUGAAUACAACCUGAAUAGUGAUGUCAAACAAAUACAUACUGAUUGUAAUAGUAGCCUGAUUGUAGUAUAAAACCUCAAAUUGCUUUCUUGCCCUAAAACAACCUCUUUUAUAUGACACCAGAGGUUCUUCCAAACACAAGAGUGGAUCUGUUGUCACCAAGUUUGAACUAAAUUCUACCUUCUGCACCUCUAAGUGUUUUUCCUUGAAUUUUGCUCGAUGCAAGAUAAAAAAAAAAAAAGUACUCAAAAAGGACAAGAGAUGUUUUUCCUUGACAUCCCUCUCCGCUCCAUGUAAGUGCAGGCAGUCUUCACACUCAUUUAAAGUGUGGCUGACCUUCCACGCUGCUUUCAUGUGGUCCUUUACAGGUGCACUUACAAACUCAGCAGGAGGUGAGGGCGAGGAUGAUUGGGAUGACGGUGAACGUGGUGAGGAGGGAGGGUGUUCUGGCUCUCUACAGCGGCCUCAGCGCAUCAGUCUGUCGACAGGUGGAAUACUUUAUCCCCUUUUUUUUCAACUCAUACACUCAGUGUUGAUCAGUCUUGCAUAAUUUUCUUUUUCUUUCUUUCUGUAGAUGACAUACUCUAUGACACGAUUUGCCAUUUAUGAGACAGUCAGAGACAAGAUGUACAGAGAGAACAAGAGCCUCAUGCCUUUCUAUCAGAAAGUCCUGCUGGGUGCCUUUGGCGGUAUGUAUGUUGUUUGAUAACUUUCGUUUUUUUGCACAAGCAUUAUCGCAAUUAAUUUCUGAUAAUUAUGCAAUGUGUGUUUUCUACCAGGGUUUGCAGGUGGUUUUGUUGGGACUCCAGCUGACUUGGUAAAUGUGCGGUGAGUUAAGCGGACAGAUGAUUUGUAUAGUUUUAAAGUUUUAUUUUACAUAAAUAUCAAUAAUGUCAAACUAGUAAAAGCCACAAACAAGGUUAUUCUCAUUUUGGCUUUAUCUUAAGUUGAACAAGCAAGUUUGCUGUUAUGCUUCAACCUUUCAAGCUCAUGAUUCAAGUUUAAUGGACUGUUUUUACUCAAUAGCCAGAUAAUCACUCUGAGGGCCUCUCAUCCUGACAGCUAAUUGGCUUAAAUCUACUUUAAUCUCUCACAUGUGCAGAAUGCAGAAUGAUGUCAAGUUGCCAGCAGAACUCAGGCGAAAGUGAGUCAAUGGAGAUAAAUCCUCCGCACAUCGUUUUUGUUGGUUUAUUCUGCUUGUGUGCAAAUCUCCACAUGGUGAAUUUUUCUCAUCCUAACAGUUAUGUUCAUGCGCUUGAUGGAUUGCUGCGCGUUUGGAGAGAAGGUAAGAGCAGAUUUAUUUAAAAUUGAGAACAGACCGAAACUCAUAUUGAUGUCCUUCGAUGUACAAGAGCAAACAAGACUUAUGGUUUUUACAGUCUAGUUUUUUGGGCAUAAAUUUGACGAUUAAAAGUCAGAAUGAGGAUUUUUUUUUGCCCGAAGACACUACUUAAGUAUAAGCAAACACAGCUUUGUCCACAGGAGGCGCCAAAGUCAACACAAACAGAGAGUUUCACACAGGAGCUUUAAUGAAUAUACUGUUUUAACCAAAUGGUCUGGACAUAUUCACACUAACAAUGAUGAUGAGCUGUACGUAUGAGUUAACCUCAUGAGUUAACCUUACUAAGUCUUUCUGGUGGUCUUUGGAUUUAUUCAUGGCUACUGAAUGGACCGAAAUUCAUAUUGAUGCCCUUCUAUAUAUAAAAGCAAACAAAACUGAUGAUCUUUAAAUUCUAGUUUUGUGGGCAUAAUUUUGAACAAAUUUGACGAUUAAAAGUCAGAAUACGUUUUUUUUGUCUAAAGACACUACUUUAGCAUAAGCAAGUAUAGCUUUGUCCACAGGAGGCGCCAAAAUCGACACAAACAGAAAGUUUUUUACAGGAGCUUUUAUGAAAACACUGUUUUAUCCAAAUAUAGGUUUUAAAUGAUUUACAAACCAUCAAGUUCUUAUUUUAAAUCAACAUUUACUUCACAGCGUCACAACCUUUUUUAGAAUAAGAGUUGCACAUGAGUGUUAAACUUCCUUUCCUUCGUUUGUUGAAAUACUAAAGGAGUAAUGUAACCAGAAAAGAUGCCAAUUUAUAACAUGUAUGAAAGAUAAAGUUUGAAAGAGAAUUUUGUGAGCCUGUCUUCAGUGUUUUUUUACUCCUAUUAUCUGUUAUUAUUUUACCUCUAAUGUUUUCUUACGUCCUUGUAGAAGGACUGAGGAAGCUGUUCUCUGGUGCUACGCUGGCCUCUACCAGAGGUGCGCUGGUCUCUGUUGGACAGGUAAAGACAUCUACAAUAAUUAAGUAUAUAAAAAAAAAAAAGAAGUGCUGCACUAUCUAUUUCACUGUCUGUGCACAUGUUGCUUUCUGCAGCUGUCUUGCUAUGACCAGUCCAAGCAGUUGGUUCUGGCGACAGGUUACCUGCCUGACAACAUCCUAACACACUUCCUGGCGAGUGUGAUUGCAGUAAGUGAAUCACCUCUCACUCCUGUCAUACAGUUAUUACAUUUUACACACUAAGACAGUUUCUAUCGCUCUGUGCAGGGCGGAUGUGCGACUAUCCUCUGCCAACCUCUGGAUGUGGUUAAAACCAGACUGAUGAACUCCACACAGGAAUACAGGGUGAGCUUGUGUACACAUGCUGUCUCUGUGUGCUCUGUGUGUUGUGGUUAAGUGGAGAAUUUCUCUGACAUGUAUGUUUUAUUCAUUUGCCGCUCAGCUUGAUGUGUCUUUUUGUUUGUGUCUGCUCUUUUACAGGGUGUACUUCACUGUCUGACAGAUACAGCAAGGCUCGGCCCCAAGGCAUUUUACAAGGUGGAUGCUCAGGAGACGUUCAGUUUCACGCUGAUCCCUCGAGUUAAAUUGUUUAUACGUUUAUUAUCCAAAAUAAAUAUUUGGACCUGCUGAGAUGUUAAUUUGUUGUACUUUCAGGGUCUUGUUCCUGCUGGAAUCCGUCUCGUCCCUCAUACAGUCUUCACCUUCUUAUUCCUCGAACAGCUGAGGCAGCGUUUCGGUGUUGUGGUCGUCAACUGAGAGAGUUGCAGUAAUUCCUGAGGGCUCCAGUGGACGUAUUCAUACUAACAAUAAUGACAAGCUGUACAAGUAUGAGUUAACCCAUGAGUUAACCUUAGUAAUUCUCUCUGUCAUUUGUUUUUACUUGAUGAACAAAUAAUCAUUCUUUAAUUGUGUGUGUUUUUUUUUUUUUUACUUUUAAGCUGUGAUUUAAAAGAACUUUGUGCAUCUACUGUGAAACAUGCCGUGAAAUAAAAUUGUUCAAAGAUGA